GAGCCACUACCAAGCCCGCACGAGCCUCCGGCACAGCGUAUAGCCCGGAGUGAGACUAUUGUUAGUUUCCAUAUGCCCAGCAUAUCCACUAACACCAGCAGACCGGGAUCAAGUUCCAGUACCGUAGCUCCAUCCGCAUCUCAAAGCAGAGCCUCCCCUGUGCCGAGUGACCAAUCUCCAGCGCAACUCGCCCCAGGCGACCCCACAACUAUGGCCAAACCAACCACAUCAAACGAUGCACUCUCCGAUCUGUUCAGCGACACCGAUAGUGAUAUGGGUGUGGAUUGAGGGGGCUGAUCAUCAGACUCGUAGAGUUUAUACCCAUGUAUAUGUAUCUUUAUACGCGUAUAUGCUUCUAUAUACAUAAAUAUGAAUCUACAC